AUGGCUCUUACCCGACUCGAGCGCUACAGAAGUAUUCGAAAUGAGGAUGGGCGAGAGAUAAAUCCCGCGCUGUCCAGUUAUUCGAGCAUGGACUCGCUUCAUGUGAGUUUUUGCUGAUUUUGGCUGGACUUUGAACUGAUGAAUAAGGAAAAAUAUAAAGUAAUGGGAAAUGAUAUGGUGGGGCUCUGGGGCGAGUCGGUUUUCUGGGUACACGCGACCUCUGAGCUGUUUCGAAAUUAAAUUUUGCGAACCGAUGUUGAGGCUAAAAUCAAUUUCUGACAUAACUUUAGUUCAAGUCAUCCUUGCCUAUAGAUGAGUCCAAUUACCGUAAAUUACUGUGUAAUUUUAGGAUCCUUACUGUUCGGAUGUCCCUUCGGAGGAUUUGGACAAGCUCAGCACUUGUUUGAGUGAGGUAGGUCCAAUAUUUUGGUCUUUUCCGCCCUUUAAACUUUUAUUUAUCGGUUCAAAUCCCUCACUUUCUUUGGCCUCUCCGUUUUUCCAAGCUCCCUCGUUUUCCGAGAAUAUGCAAAGAACCCGCUUCUUUCAAAAAUAGGUCAUUAUGACGUAAUUUUAAGCCGAGAUGUUCUUAUUGUCUAGGAGAGUCUUCCAUUAUAUUAUACUAGACCUUCUGAUGACUUUAGACCCCGAUUUGUAAAUACUUAAUGACCGAAUCGACCGGUCUUUUCGACAAUCAAAGGAAUAGUUGCGCAAGCAUUUCUGCUUUAAGCAAAAUGUGUAAAGUAUAAAGUAUCAUGGUGAUCUCUAUGUUUUCUUCAGAUUUUCCGAUUACUUUUCUACUUUAUGGUUUUUUUGAAUGGAAAUCACCCAAAAAGCAAUCCCCUAAAGUAAUAUGAACAGAACAAAUACCUUUAAAAGAAUUAAAUCAGACAGAAAAGUGAUGAAACACGAAGAAUUUUAGGGUUAUCACGGAAAACUGCAAGAGCAGCACGUUCUAAAUCGUGAUUUGUCUCGGAAACGAAGAGAGUUUGUUUGUGCCCUAAGGCAAUAUUAUUGUUGUUGGGAGGGGGAUCGAGUUAAUGACCGUUGCAGCAGUGCUCAUUAUUUUUCAAAUUUUUUAUUUUUUAAAAUUUAAAAUUUUGAUGACUAAAAUAUUAUAAAUCAGAAUUUUCCUCAAUUUCUAGAGCAAAAAACAAAAAACCCUCAAGAAUAUAGUUUCUGCUACCGUAAUCUGUGUUUUCGAACCAUAAAUUUAGCAAUUGCUCCGCGUUGCUUUCCCCGAUAACACAUUUCUCUUCCUUUUGUUGCAACAGACGCUAGAAUAACGCAACUUUUUUUUGGUUCAAAGUACAGUCAAGAUGCGCAUUUCAUUAUUCCACUUCCUCUCCAUCGAUUGUUUUUUCUCCACCCUCCAUUCAAAGAGUUGUUUUCGUGAUUAAUUUGUAAAGAAAGAGGCGCUAUCACUAUCUUUCCCCCUUUUCAUCGACCUUUUUGCUUUCUUCUUCCGUGAAAUUCCGCUGAUUCUACCUCGGUCCUAUAAAACUGCUGCAGGGCAUGACGCGUCGUACUUCCAUAGAAUACGAGAUCCUGUCGACGGAUGCGUUUGGCUUCCAGGAUUCUCUGAAUAUUGCCAAAAAAGUAAAUUUUUUUCUAAGGUCCUUUAAAGUUAAAGCCGGGCAUUGCUCGAGGGUCGGUGAAAGUGUCUGCUUGUAGUGACUUUAGUAUAUAAUUGUAUAAGGCAGCCGAGAUUUUUAGCAAACGUUUUUCGGCUAUAGACUAUGGAAAAAUGAAGAGAGGUAGAGAAAAAAGUUUUUCGAUGGUAUCUUCUCGAAGUUAUCUUUAUAUAAAUCUGACCAAGUGUAAAAAUAUUUUAGUCCACAUUUGAAAAUUGCGGUAAUUUUUACAAAUUGAAAAUGCAAAAAAAAAUUUAAAUUUUUGAAGUGAUUUAUAUAAGGUAUGUAUGAUCCAUCAUAAUCUUAAGUGCAUCUUCAAAAAUGCUAAUCUUUGCUUGUUUCCAAAUGUUAUCCAAGUCCUUGGCCACUUUUCCUUUGAAUUUGAUUUCUUUUUCAGGCCUCCAGUGAUUCGAAUGAAAGAAAGGAAACUUCGGUCUUCACCGAUAUCCUCCAGGCACAACUGGCAUUGUGGACAUUAUUUGGUAGUAUCUUCUACACUUAUGCAUGGCAGCAACAUCGAAAAAAGUUCUUAUUCUCCUUGGUAAGCAAUAGUUGUAAAUGUUUAUCGGAAAUUCGAAAUUUUCGGGAAAUGCCAAUCAAAAAAUUUGAGUACAAAAAUUUCGCUACUGAAUUUGAGAUAAGGAUUUUGUGUAUUUUGAACAGUAGUCGUAGUUUAGCAAGAGCUAAAAUUGGAAUAAAAAUUUGUGAUUAUCUUUAUGAUUUACAUAAAUUAAUUUUCAAUUUAAGAUUUGUAUUAACCAAAAAUUUAUAUUCUAAUUUAUGUAAUUUUAGUUCGUUGUUGUCCCUCCCGUCGCCCUCGUCUGCUGUACGAUCAGUUCGAUGUUAACUUGCAUAGUAAUUUUGGGGAGAGUUUUCUCAUCGCCUGUCCGAUUCGAGGACAUGUUAAAUUACAAAUCAACUGAGAUGACAGGUAAGAAAUCUUUUCCUAAUCCAUUUAUCUAUGGUAAAAAAUUUUUUAAAUAUUUUUUUAUUGCACUUGACAAAUAGUGUCCUUAAAUUCAAGAUUAACGAUCAAUCAGAUGCCUAGGUUGCAUUAUCACGAGACUUGGGGGUAUUUUCGGUUGUGACGACCUUGAUAUCUUUUGAAAUUUUAUUUUAUUCAUCAGCAAAAAAGCGGAAAUACCACGUGACUCUGGAGAUUGAUUAAGCUUGUUUUUGUUUUGUCGCUGGUUCCAAAAUGACUAAAGAGUUUUUUUAAAGAAUUUCUCAACCAGUAUUUUAUCAGAUAAUGAAAGUUAAAAAGUGCAAUUGUCAUCAUUUAAAACGUAUUUUUGAUUUUUUGCUCUUAAAGAAAUAUGAUUUCAGAAAACGGGAUCCGCCGUCGGUCCAACUCGAUAAACUCAUUAAAUUCGUUGGCCUCGGGCCGCUCUUCCUCAUGUGAAGAACUGCCCAAGCCAGUCUGCAGAAAGCAUUCGAACACUUACGGAUCUUAUAAUUCCUUGAAUCAGAUAUCCCUGAGGUCGACUUCCCCUUCAAUGUAUUCAAAUGGGAGUGUGAACGGGAGAUGUGGCCCUUCCCCGUCGCACAAACUCAGCUACACUUUUGCUCAUUGCUCUGGAGGGGCUGAUGAAGUGGCCAAUUAA